AUGUGUGUCCAUACGCUUUCUCUGCCAAGAGGUGCUCUGAAGAAGAACCUCGGAGUUUCAGCAGAGGCGAUACCGCAGGAAAGCCUGGGAGCCGCGCCUCCAGGCCAGGCUGCCUUCGCCUCCCACACUCGAGGCAGCGAACAUGGAGCGUCUUCGCCUGUUCAACGGGUGCCUUCUCGCCGUCCUCCUUCCUUUUCCCCACCUUCCCCGGCCUCCGCUGUUUCUCAAGAGCCUCGUCUCUCUGAGUCGUCCGCUGUCUCUGCUGAUUCUGUCCCUUCGUCUCUGCCUUCUCGCUCUUCGUCCACGCUGUCUCCGGCGCCUUCUUCUUCCGGCGUGUGGGCUUCGCUCCAGUCCUCUCAUCGAAUCCCCGUCCAGAUGGUGGGAGCGCGCGCCGCCGUCAAGUCGAUCUCAGUCGGCAACCAGACUCUCCUUCUCGCUUUAGACACGCAGACAGAAGGGGUGCGCCUCUUUCUGUCCAAUUCCACUGCGUGCACGCAGCCCCCCAGUCUCCCGCGCUCGGCCUCAAGCAGCCCACUGGGUGCCAAGGCGAGCGACCGAAAGCUGCUGUCCGAGUCGACAAAGCGGGUCGAGUCCUCCGCGGCGGCGCCUGCCGGGAGAGCCCGAGAGCGGGACGGAGAGGCUGCCGCCCACGCGACACGGGGCCCGGAAGGAGACUUUGUAAAGAUCCUCUUCAAAACACUGCCAUUUCUGCGGAGCCGAGGGAAGACGCGGAACUCCCGAGUCAAGGGCGGACAGAAACGCGAGUGCUACGAUCCCCGACGCUCCGGCCUCGCAGCCUGGUGCCUCAACCGCCGACAGGCCUGCAACUUUCUAAGCGACGCCCCUUUCCAGUGCCGCGCGGAGACUGACGCCGACGUAGCGCAAGCAGCCCCCUUCUCUCAGCACUCGGACGGCGUGCGCGUCGCCGAGCUGCGUCUCGAAGGCCUCGACCUGCUUCGCCUCGACCUCGCCACGCCCGCAGAUUCGCCCGCUCCGCCGGCGUUUGGGGAGUCAGCGGCCGAGCCCGAAGGCAGGAAACCGCCGCAAGUUCCGAGCGGCGCGGAGCGGAGAGUGGAAGCUGCGUCGGAGCAGAGUCGCGCGCCCAUCCACGAGGCGAGCAUCUUUCCAGUCAAGCUCGUGGCUGACAGGAAGUCUGCGUUUUACGAUCCCUACCCUGGGCUCGACGGCGUGUGGGGCAUUGCAGGCCCCGAGUUUUGUUGCCGCAAUGCGUCGCUCUGGAGUUCAACGCUUCACGCCCUCAAUGUGACGUCGUAUGCUUUCGACCUGAACUUUCCUGCUUCCAACACCACCUUUUCCUCGUCGGCCGCACAGGCCGUUCCGCGGAGGGGCGGGGAACGCGGCGGCAUGUCUUGGGGGAGCUCACCUGCGCGCUCGGCUCCCCCGGCCUCCGUGCCUCUCUCCUUUCUCCACUUGGGCGUUCUGGAAGAAGACCGAACGGAAGUGGGCGGCUCCGCCCCCGGCGCAGACGCAGGCGGGAAGCUCAAAGGCUUCGCGACUUACGACGAAGCGGGAAGGUGGACCGGACCAGCGUGGACAGCAGAAGAGCGAGGCGAAGCAAAGACCGACGGCGAGAACGAAACAGAGAAAACCGAGAGCGCCGGAGAGAGAGAGGGGAGAGAGGAGGGACUCAGGGGUGUCGCCGGACAGGGGGAGACGUUCGAAAGGAAGCGCGAGGCGCCGGAGCAGAGAGACGAGAAGGGAGGUGAAGCGUCAGGGAACAAGAAACUCGACAAGAGAAUCGGAGGGGAAGAUAUCAUUUGGGGCCAGCGAAUUCAAACGGGCAAUGUGUGGGCGGACUCCGUCGCACACUUUGUCUCCUACGACUGGCAGCUCUGCGGGCACAGCCUGAUGGACAACUCGCACAUGAAGGAUUGGAUGGUGACCGUCGACCUCAGCUCCGAGUGUCUAGUCGUCCCUCGGCCUCUGUGGCUGAGCAUGCGGGCGUGGAUGAGGCCCGCACUGAACGAGACGAGUCCGCUGUGUACGCUGGACGACGACUUCUCUUCCUUCGUGCCUGCACACGCCCUCGCCGCUUCGGUCGCAGCUGAGGGGAGCGUCUUUCGGCGGAUGUGCCCGCUUCGAGGCGGGAGAGCGCACCCAAAAGAAAGUCGCGAGGCUGCGGCGAGGCCGCCGCUCCCAGUUCUCUCCUUCUCGCUGCGCGACACCACCGGCGUCGUCUUCGACCGCGGGGACUCGCCGCAGGUGCAAACGGAGACACCUGCCCCCCGCGUGGAGCUGCCGCUCGAACAGCUGGCCGUGUCGAGUCCCGAGGCGGGACCCGGCGAGGCUCUGUGCGUCGUUCCGCAGCCCCACAGUCUCCUGUCUAGAGAGGGACGAACGGUGCGCCUCGGCACGCGAGCCGUCGCCGCGUUCCACUUCAUUGUGGACCAGAAGGGUUGGCGUGUGGGGCUCCUCCCUAAAACGCUUCCGCUGCCUUCCUCCAACGAAGCGUGCGCAGCCCAGGCGGCGUGCAGGGGGGAACAGACGUAUGUUUCGUCGACGAACGAGUGCGUGGACCCUCUAUGCAGCGAGAGGCUGCUUUUUUCUUUGAACGACGAAACCAAAAUCUGCGAACUCUCCCCCACAGUCGUCCCUGCGGCCGUUACAGUUGUGCUGCUCCUCCUCGGGCUCGAGACGGCUGUUGUCUGCUUUCAGUGGGCGAAUGUGUUGAAGGCGCGAACACUCACGUGA